CCGGGUCGUGGUGAGGUGGAGGAACUGACAGAGAUGGCAGAUUUGUCGUUGUAUUUAACUAGUGUCAACGUUUCCCUGGGACAAACUAUGGAAACUGAAAAGAGUCCAGGAGGGACGACAGACUUUGAGAGUGUGGAGAUGGGAGACUCUGCGGGGAGUCGGGGGAGAGUGAAGGUUCCCCGAAGGACCAUCUACUUUGCCAGCGGAGAGACCAUGGAGGAGUAUAGCACUGAUGAAGAGGAGGAAGAAGAGGAUCCCGUGAAGAAAGAUGUCAUCCCUGUAGAUCCGGCUAAACUGACGUGGGGUCCAUAUUUCUGGUUCCACAUGUGGAGAAUGGCCACCUCCACCAUCUCAGUGUGUGACUACAUGGGAGAGAGACUGGCCUCUCUUUUUGGCAUCACUACUCCCAAAUACCAGUAUGCUAUCGAUGAGUACUACCGUAUGAAGAACUUAGAGGAGGAGGAAGAGGAGGAGAGCCGUCUGUCUGAGGAGGCGGAGCGUCGGAUUGCAGAGCUGCGGGGAGGCGAGCAGGAUGCGUCUCAUCCUGCUACUGUGGAGCAGCCGGAGGCGUCUGGAGCAUCUUUUGUAAACAUCAGCUUUGAGCUUGAACCUGAGUCUCCUCUCAGUGCCUCAGACACCAACAGAGUCCCGUCCCCUCUUCCCUCCUGAAAACUGACAAACCUCUAACAUUUGCAUAUUUCUAUAUCAGGCAAAACCUUAAUUUACUUAGCUGGAUAGAUUAAUAAUAUUGUUAUUUUUCUAUGUUAUUUUAUAAAAAUAGAUCUUAGUACACAGUGCAGGGAUAAAUUAAAAGGGCUGUGGAAGUGGCUGCACUAGCCUUAUCUUUGAAUGUAAAUUUAUGUACAGUGUGCAAAUGUAUGCAAGACUGAGACAUGUAAUUUAACAAGAUAGACCAGAAUGGGACAACGCUCAACUCACUUCAGUUUUUUUUAUCUAGACGUGGCAUAGGAAUUUAUUUGUAAAGUGUAGUAGAGCUGGAUAGUUGUUGACUUGCUGAACAAAUCACCAGGUAGUGAUGACAUCAGUAGCCGGAGCUGCUGUACUCUUAUUGUACUCUGCAUUUCAGCCUGUCGUUGCUUUAUUGUUAUGUCUGGAAUUAGGAAAUACAAGAAAAUAAUAAGUUCAAUAAGUUAUGAAGAGGAAUUAGUGGCAUUGACUUUACUUAGGACAAAAAAUGAGGUCUAUUAAAUGUUUCAUCAAAACAGUCAUUUAUAAGGUCAACAUGUUGUCCAAAUACAUUUCACAACCCUUCCACCUCUGCCCUCUAUUAAGUAGUCCAUGAAUACCUCCCUGCUGUUUGAACUGGACACAUGUAAUAUCUGGACCUCCACUCCUUUACUGUGAAUGAAUGGUCCAAUACAUGCAGAUUUGUUUGCUUUGGAUCUCUGUGUCAUGGCCAAACUAAGGGCUGGUUAGUACAAGAAGUCAUUUACUAUGUAUGAUGUUUAUAUAUAUAUAUAUAUAUAUAUAUAUAUAUUAAGUGCUCCUAUGAUCCUAAUCUUCCAACAUCUUGAGUCUUGGAGUAACUGGAGCCACUGUGCGUCAGUUGGCUUUGGCAUGAAGCCACAGUCUGUUGUUAAAAUUGACUUCAAGACUAACCUCAAAGAAUUUGCUAGCAGCUUUCUUCACUCUCUAUUGUCACAAUGUAAAAUGUGUCUCUGUGACGAUACUUGAAUCGGUUUAAAAACAAAAACAACUUGCAUGAAGUACUAAUUGUUUUGCUAAAAAUGAAACAGGCUGUGCAGCUAAUGGAGACCAAGUAGUAAAAUCAAUAUAGUCCAAAUCUUAGAAAAUCCACUAGUUCUCAAAUUUAUUGCUGAUCUGGAAGUAGAGUUGCUCCCAUACACUGAUUGUACCUUCAAGUGUGUUGAGAGUUUAUUCUUUAAGUGUCCUUGCCUGAGCUGUCAGAAGCUUCUUAUUAAUUAUUUUUAUCCACUGAUGUGGCUGCGUGUUGUGGGGACAGGCCUUAGAUCUCCUUAGAGAGCAGAGCAGCAGUGUGUAGUGAGGAGUAAACCAGACGCACACACACUGUAGCCUCAACCCCCAAGAAAAUUUACACUGCUCUUUUCAAAAUUUUCCAUUUCAAAAAGAGAUUUUUAAAAAGGCUUCACUGUAACUGAAAAACCAACAUAUCUGACCAUGCAGAGUAAAUGUCUUUCAUUACAGUAGUCAACAGUGGAUAUUAUUCAUACUUUUUAUGUGUAUAAAAAGGGUCAACAUAUGCAAAAAUUAUUUUAACUGAAACUCUUAAACACUAAUUGAAUCUGUAAAUACAUAUUUAUAUUUUCUGUGUUAAUAAAACCUUGAAACAU